AGUGUUCACAAAAUCUUCUUCAAUAAAUUCUCUCUCUCUCUCUCUCUCUCUCACACACACACAUAUAUAUAUAUAUAGGGACAAAUUUAAACCCUUCUCCCCUUCAUCAAGUAAUCCAAUUUAGUAAAUAAAGAAAACCCCACCGAUAUUCCCUCGUAAGCAUUCCUUACAAGUGUUCACAAAAUCUUCUUCAAUAAAUUCUCUCUCUCACACACACACACAUAUAUAUAUAUAGGGAUAAAUUUAAACCCUUCUCCCCUUCAUCAAGUAAUCCAAUUUAGUAAAUAAAGAAAACCCCACCGAUCUUCUCUCGUAAGCAUUCCUUACAAGUGUUCACAAAAUCUUCUUCAAUAAAUUGUCAAAUUUGGAAGUAGAUCCACGCUAUUUACCUUUCUUCUUCUUCUUUUUAUUUUUUAGUCCCUUAUCUUCAAUACAUCUUACAAAUUAGCCUCUUAGACAUUUCCCUUGUCACUUGAGUCCAAAAGAUUAAAAUCGCUCAAAGUAAAAAAUUUGAAGAAAGCAUUAACAUCAUCCUAGUCAAAAUUGGGUUAUGGCAUGUUGUAGCUAAUUAAAAUUGGAGAGCAUAGAAGAUGUUGAAGCAGAGGAAAGAGUGUUGUGAUCAGCAACAAGUUGCAGAGACCCUAAUAAUCUCUUCACUUUCUUUGUCAAGUGGUUCUCUUAUGAUAUACCUAAUUUUGCACCUCCCUCUACCUCCCGAUUGCUCCUCCCUACUCUGCCUUCCGAUUGCUCCUCUCUACCCAUCUUCCAUCUGUCGCACUUCUCAUCAGAUCCCGAGCUUGACUUUUCCGGCAUCCUCAUCUGCCGAUUGCACCUCUCUAUCCAUCUUCUCCAUCUGUCGAUUGCUCCAUCUUUUUUCCCUUUCUCCGAUUUUGCAUCUCCCUUUUUCUGAUUCCGCCUGUUAACAGGUAAUUCUUUUCACUUGUUUUUCUCAUUCUAUUAUAUAAUUUCGUUACAAGUUGAGAUUUUGAGUUUUUGGGUUUUUCUUGUUUUUAUUCCAAAAUGGUCGCUGCUUUUGCGAGCUCUCGAAGGCUCGUCAGGCGCCCUUGGAAGUUAUCCUUUCUGCCAUUUGUCUUUUUUAAGAAUUAUGUCGUUUAUGGGGAGGGAGGAUCUAGGAUUAUUAGUAGGGAAUUGAACAAAGUAAACUCAGAGAUGUGGAGAUUUAGAGAGAGAGAUAGAAAGCAAUGGUGGCCGUGGAAGAGUUCGAGGCUGUGCCUGUGGAUUGGUUCAUCUGAUAUUUUUUCCUUAAUCUUCAGAGGCCUGUCAGAUUUGAUCGUAAAGAAUGAAGAUCUUGAAGAAUUGAAAGAGUUAGGAUCUGGCACAUUUGGAACUGUUUAUUAUGGAAAGUGGAGGGGAACAGAUGUUGCUAUUAACGAGGAUAAAAAAGAUAUC